GCAGCUGCUGCGACCGCAGCCUGGGCUCCCCCGCUCUGCGGCGCCUUCGUCCGUGAAUCUGGCCCGGGAACUUCCCACCCAGCCAGCCCCGGCUCAGAGCCGCUCCCCUGCCGGGAAGGCUGGUCCCGCGCGGGAGGCGGGGUCACCGCCCCUCGGCUGCUCCGGCUCCGCCGUAACUUUGCAUGUCGGGGUUCCCCUCGGGGAGGGGGAGCACCGCGGGGCUGCGAAGCGAACCGGCUUUCGCCCGCCAGCUACACACACAGUUUGCCGGGCGGGGCUCACUCGGCGCCCCAAACUUUCGCACAGGCUCCGCCCUGCGGGGCCAGCGGCGCGCCGCGGCUCGGAGCUGGCGGGCAGAGGCGGGGCGGGCUCGUGACGGAUCGUGUCCAAAGCUGCCGAGCCCAGAGGCAACAGCGGCGGCUUCUGCCUCCCGGGCCCCGGCUGGCGGCGGGGGAGGACAGAGCGAGCGAGCUGAGGGGAGGCGCGCAGGGGCUCGCUCAGGGGUAUUCGCCGCUGCGAGCGCUCGCUGCCUCCCGGGGACUCCAGCGGGCCCGGCCCGGCGCGGGACGAGCAAAGGUCGCCGGCUGAAAGGAAGCCCGGAGGGACCCGCGGGGAGGCCCGGAGCCACUGAGUUGCUGCGCUCAGCCAAAUGGCUGCAAAGGCAGGAAUGUUCCCCCUGGUCCUCACAUAUACAUGUCUGAAUACUCGAUUAAAACAUAGUUAAAGAGGAUAUUAAAGCUUGGAACACUGUUUGUGGGUUCUAGGAGGAUGGAGGAAAACAACUACUCUUGUGUAUCCAGUCAGUCAUGGUGUCCCUCGAGCAAAGCUUUCUAGAACACUUUCCCAAGGAAAGAAGAUAAAGCAAAGUUCAAAAGAAUGAAGAGAUAUAAGUGUCCCUUCAAGUAUCCCAUGAGACAAAAGAUCCUGAUCCUGUUUUUAACGGUGUGGCUGCUUGCACUUCUGAAACUCCUCAAUGUUGAAAGACUCUUAUUCCCUCACAAAGGUAUUUAUUUGGUUGAGCACUUUUUAAGCACUUCUUCUUAUGUUAAAAACAAAUACUCCCAUCUUAGAAACGACUUCCAGUAUGAAAUUAACUGUUCAUAUAUAUACGAACAAGAACCCGGUGAAAUUGGCAAGAGUUUAGAGAUAAGAAGAAACGACAUCAUUGAUUUAGAAGAUGAAGACGUUAUAGCUAUGACCAGCGAUUGUCAGGUGUAUUAUACACUUAGAGGAUACCACCUAAAGCCUGUUUCCCCGGAGGAGGAAAGUUUCCCAUUAGCCUACUCUUUGGUUGUUCACAAAGAUGCAAUAAUGGUUGAAAGACUCAUACACACAAUAUACAGCCAUCAAAAUAUUUACUGCAUCCAUUAUGACCAAAAGUCCACUAAUACUUUCAAAUGUGCUAUGGACAAUUUAGCUAAGUGCUUCCCCAAUAUUUUCAUUGCAUCUAAAUUGGAGACAGUGGAAUAUGCACACAUUUCUAGGCUCCAAGCAGAUUUUAAUUGUUUGUCUGACUUGAUGAGGUCGUCGUUUCCGUGGAAGUAUGUUAUUAAUUUGUGUGGUCAAGACUUUCCUUUGAGGUCAAACUUUGAAUUGGUAUCUGAUUUGAAGAAACUCAAUGGAGGAAACAUGCUGGAGACCGUAAAGCCAAGUAGCAGCAAAAGGGAACGAUUCACAUAUCACUAUGAACUUGAGACAGUGCCUUAUAAGUACAUGCAGAUGCCUGUAAAAACCAACAUUUCUAAAGAGCCACCACCUCAUAACAUUGAGGUUUUUGUAGGCAGUGCCUAUUUUGUUUUAAGUCGAGCAUUCAUCCAAUAUACCUUUGAAAAUUCUCUUGCUAAAGAUUUUUUUGAAUGGUCCAAGGACACUUAUUCUCCAGAUGAACAUUUCUGGGCAACCCUUGCACGUCUGCCUGGAAUACCUGGGGAGAUUUCAAGAUCAGCUCAAGAUAUAACAGACCUGGAAAGCAAGACUCGCCUGGUAAAAUGGAAUUAUCUGGAGGAUCACUUAUAUCCUCCUUGUACUGGUACACAUCUUCGCAGUGUGUGCAUCUAUGGAGCUUCAGAAUUAAGGUGGCUUAUAAAUUAUGGACACUGGUUUGCCAAUAAAUUUGACUCCAAAGUGGACCCUGUUUUAAUAAAAUGCUUGGCUGAAAAACUUGCUGAACAACAGAAGGAAUGGGUUGAUUUGUCUUCUGAAAGCUCUUUCAUGCACAGACGUUCUGCUGAUGUUUCACUAUAGCAGUACACUAUACUCAGUAGUCAGUGUUAUCCAGAGUCUGACGCUCCAUAGCCUUGACUUUGUACAGUCAUUUAUGGGGUGUAAAAUACUACCAAAUCAGAAUGCUCCUUCUGCACAAGUGUAAAUGACUACACAAGGUGCAAUAGAGAAUCAGAAUGCAAUGGAGAGUCAGCCCCCAGACGUGAUGGAUCAUUGUAUAAAUCACCAAACCAACACUGUGUCCUUAAUAUCUUUCAAGGUGAUACUUAUAAAAAUGAACUCCACUUUUGAAUGCUUUUGUGGGAGGCUGUGGCACUGUCUGUGGUAAUGGAAUGCUUCAAAUUGAGCCUGCUUGCGCAAUAGCUAGGAUAAUUCCUCAUGUCUGUCCUCCUUAUUCCCCUCUUCUUCUUUAAAAGUUUUGAAACAUAGGAAGGAAGAUGUCCAGGUCUGCUACCUCAGGAAAGCUGCAAGGGGAAAAUCCAAAACUCAAAUGAGUCUAAAGAGAGAGUCUGAUGACCACUGAGCCAUAGGGCUGAUCCUGUGAAGAUGGCAGGUGAUGGUGCUUAGCCAUUUGCAGGAUUGGACCCAUAACAAUGAUUUCUGCAAUGUGAAUAUGAUUGGAUGAUAUAAGAGGAGAGAGAUCGUGGAACCUUGCCCACUGCAUUGGAAGUACCAGUGUUCUCGCCUAGGUGUCUCUGUAUUUAGUUUUCCUCUCUAUUCAUUUUAUGCUUCCAUACACUUUUCUGUACCUGUGAAUUUGGUGAUGGUUGAUAGAGGCAGCAUUACACACGGCAGUUCUUUUGAAGUCUGUACGUAUUCAUCGGAGAUGACAGCUUUCAUAACCCUAACAGAAAUCAGUGCCCGAAAACGUAUUAUUUGAGUUCAGUUGCCGUCUCCUCCAUUAGAAACAUCCUCCUGCAAAACCACAGUCAUUCCGGUCAGGGACACCAUUUUAGGAUGGUGCCCUGGGUCUGUGUAGCUACAGUAGGUAACAAAUGCGGCUUCUAAUUAGCAUUCAACAGUUUGGUGUUACAUUAAAAUGCAAAAUAUUGACAAGUCCAGAUUUUGUCCUAGCCAUAGGCCCAGAUCCUGAGUUGGGGCUGAGGCGCACACAGUGCAGCUCAGGAGGGGGCUGUGCAGAGGUGGCUUUAUGCCACCUUGGUGCUUCCCUGCUCCUGGGCUGAUCUGUGCCAGGCCAGGCUCUCACUUCAACUUAGAACCCACUUGCUUCAAAUUGCUCUAGCUGCCAAUGGCCCCAAAGGUUACCCUGGUAGCCAUGGAUCUUGGGGCAUGACAGAGCCCUUGCCAUCCCCCUUCUCUCAGCUAUGCCCCGUACACUGGGGGCCCGGAGAGGUGGUGAUGGUAGAAGAGUCUCUACAGCAGCUGUUGUAACCCACAAGUCCCGCUAUGCAGGGGGAAGUCAUCUGGGACCUGGAUCUGGGACCAGAAGAGCUUUGUACUGUCCCAAGACAGCCCAGGGUCUGGCUCGUGGUGUUCAAUAACAGUAUUGCUCUUGUCUUUAUCUAUCCAUAAAGUGCUGCAGUAAUGACAAUGCCCUGUUGUCUCAUUUACAGACUGGGACCAGAAGUACCCUUGAUGCACUGUACUUAUGGAAAGUGUUUAGCUGAUUACAUAAAAUUAUGGUUCAAACUGAUAGGAUUGAGGACAUACAUAAUUUGACCAAGUGAUUCAGUCUUAGCUUUAUCACAUAGGGUAGCCAUGGACUAGUCACUAGUGGUUUAAGAAUGGCACUGAGGGUCAGGAGUCAUGGGCUUUCCUCCCAAAUCAGCCACCAACUUUCUGUGUAAAGUCACUUAACUUCUGUGUCUCAAUUGCCCCAACUGUAACAUGGGAAUAAUGCUGUUCAACCACCUUUGUAAAGCACCUCGAGAUCUGUGGCUGACGAGUCUAUUUUGGUUAAAAUUAUAGAUUAUAACAACUUCUUCUCACCAAAACUAUUUAUGAAGUCUAUAAAUGCAUGGAACACAGAUUCCCUUGAUGUUCACAUAAAUAGGAAUAUAUUUUUAAAACUAAAUGCAAUUUAGGCUGGUAGCCUGCCAUUACUCCUUUGGUGCUGUUUUGGUUUAUCAUGAUAAUAUGGUGUAUGGGGACUUUCUAGAAUAGGAAGUAUUGAUUGUAUUUACAGAGCUGUGCAUUACCAUGUUCACACUUGGGAACUCAUAGUAUACAUAGAAUUAUGCUGUCAUAUCAUGAAAGGCUGUUAGGGUGUCAGAGGGUCAAACUUAGGCCUUGUCUAUACAAGACAACUUGCACCAGUUUAACUAAAUCAGUUUAAAAACACAUCUUAAGUUAAGCCACUAUGAGUCUGUGUGACCAAGGCCUUAUAGACUUCCUAGACCAUGGAAAAUAAGGGAACGUAGAAGUGAUGCUGUCUGCUGAGUUAGUAUCCCAGGGCCCCCAUCAUGCUACACGUUACUGUGAAAUACUUGUUUGAAGUGAAGUACAAGGUGUGCCCAGUCACAAGGCUGUGAAUUGUAAAUAUCCUGAUGAAUAUCUGUUCUUUUUGAUGAUAUAAUCCAAAGCUCUUCUACCUUGUGGCAUGAUGGUCUACAAAAUGUUUUCAAAUACAGUCUAUCCCCAAAAUUUAAGAUUAAAUUUCUGGAUUAUUUUCGCCCCCUCACUUGUAAAAUUUAACAUUGGCUAUAGAUAGAUGUAUAACACACACACAGUAUAUAUGUAUACAUGCAGUGUGGAGACCCCUGGCACUGUUCUGUGAUAAAAUAUGAACAAAAAAUCACAAUAAUUAUGCAUCUUUGAGGUCAUCCCCUGCCCCUCAUCCAUCCCUCUCUCUCUGCUGGGACUUGUUUGAAAUGACUGGUAUGACCCACCUGUGGCUUUGCCAUUCAUGAGAAAUGUGGCCAUAUCAAACAUAUGCUGAGAUAAGUAUAAAAUUUAGUGUGGGCAAAAACUUAGCAUACAAACAAUUAUUAAUUAGGUAUUAUACUACAGUGGGGAAUUUUUGCUUAUUAAAGCCAGAACCUUCCCCCACACCCUCCACAAAAGCCUUCUAUAUAAGUUCAUGGCUAUAGCAUUUUCAAAUGGAAAAUAUAUUUGCAUCAUUAGAUGGCGUCCCAUGUUUCCAUCCUAUUAAAUACAAGGGGCCUGCUCAUGGUCCCAUUCCACCUCCUUUGCACAGCUCCAGUAGCACAAAGCAGGUGGAAAAGCAAUUUAACUGGCCAGCUGGGGAUUUUCCGAGAGAAGGCAACAUGGAAGGGAUAUUACCAACAGAAAGAGGGCAUGAACAUUGCAGAACAUUGCUGCGGUUCCUGGCUGCCAGAGUAGCCUUUGCAGACGACACAACUUAGAGCACUGCUACUUGGAUCUUCCAGGCUGUGCUGUGGCAGAAGAAUUAGUCCCCGGGAUCAGGCCAAAGAUAUUUUAGUGGCUGGAAAUAGGGGAGGCUGACAAAAGUGGUAACUAAGUUCUAAGAGGCAUUUUUUAAGGAAGAGGAAAAAGUGACCAGUUUAGGAGACUAAGAAAACCUUCUUGGUGGAGGGCAGUACUUGCCGAGCGCUUCCUUGACUUUGUUCAGGAUUUGCCACAGAUUUCAUCAAAGUAAAUUAUUGUGAAUGCCACAAUAAAGCUUAUUUGAAUGUGACAUCUAAAAUUGUAUUGAGUCUCCUCCCUCUACUAUCGUUGUUAUGAUUAGUGUAUACAGUAAUUAAAGUACACUUUAAUUCACUUGAGAAAUAUGCAUAUUUGUUAGGUGUGGUCAUCUGUCCAUCCCCCUCUCCUCCAUGUCUCUAUCAUACACACACUUGAUCAGAGGCAGCUCUUUAUUUUAGUAAUGGCUCUUUUUAACAGAGAGCAGUUGAAUAAGUAUGAUACAGAUGAGAGUACGAAACAAGACCCUACAUCCAGACACCCUAAAUCCUGGGAAAGUUUGGAUCCAAAAUUUGCAGCCCAAGUUCAUCUCUGUUGUUUCAUCGCAUGGUUGCUCAGCAACUACAACUCAAGGUCUUUAGACAUUCUUUAUCCACUGUUACCUGCACUGUCUCCAUCUCAGAAUUAAGAAUGUGAAAAUCCAUGGAUUGAUGAUAUAAAAGAAGAUACACAUCACUGGUGAGUUAAUGGCGCCCUGAUACUAACCACCCCCAAAUGACUAUGCUGCAGUAUGGACUCUCCUCCUAGCUAGUUGCUGAACCUGCCUGCAACAACUUCUCUCUGCUAAACCAGUGAUCUAACCCUACCUCCCAGCUGCCAAACCUGUUCACAGUCCACCCUUGACUGGUGCUCAGAUCCAACCCCAACCUACCAAAUCCAUCCAUGAGUCUCUCACCCCACCACAGCCUCCCUGACGUUGAGAGGUCAGAGAAACGGGGGAAAGUGUGAAGGAAAAAAAAAAUCGCAGAAGAUAGAGAAUUUCAUGGCUUUGGCAGGAAUUUACUUGGCUCAUUGAAAGGGGAUUUCUGGAGCUUGGCAGGCAAGUGAAUCUGCAGGUCUCUUUGGCUCCAGUCCUACAAUGACUGAGGCGUGUACUUAACUUUAAGUAGAAUGGGACUUCUCACGUACUUAAAAGUUAAGCACAUAAGUCUUUGCAGGAUUAGUGUCACCAAGAGCCCAAAUGUUGGUGUCAUGGAAGUCAAUGGCAAAACUCUCAUUAAUGCCAAUAGAACCAAGCUUUGGUACUAAGGGUCCCAAGCUGAUUUAUUUCCAGUGAAGUCAAUGGAAAGAUUGAUAUUGACAGCAAGGGGAAUUAGAUUGGGCCUUUAAAAGUUUAGCCAGCAGAUUGAUCGAUUUUGAAAAAUAGUCACAGACAACACUUUUAUAACUUGUCAUGCUAAUAAAUGGACUGGGGUGAAAGCAGGAGGGAGAUUGCCAAUUUGAAUGUGUGGUUCUCAGUGUUCAUAUUUUCUUUAAUGUUGGAAUAAAAGGAUUUUAAAAGGAAGAUUAGCAAAUAUAGAAAAUGAUCAUACAUUCUAUAUUUGCAGUAAAAAAAAAAAGUCUUGGUUGAGAAUUUCUAUGACUGCUGUAUCAUUAGCUUGUGUCAUUUAAAUCAGAAUGUGGACCCAUGAGAAAAGCAAAAUGCAGGAGAUGAAAAUGGUGAGUAGAUGGUACCUUAUUGUGAAUUAGCAGUGUGACCUUGAUUGUUAAGUACAGGGAUAACCUUUGUUGAUGUUUUUGUAGAAUUUAAAUUAGCUCUUGAAGGUAGUGAUUUCUGUUUAUGUGAAAAUGAUGGUUUCCUUUUUUUUUUUUUUUUAAGAAUAAUGUAAUCAGUGUGCAUUUUAUUCUAGUAUCUGCUGAAAAUAUUCCUGUGCUUUUUGUAUUUCAAGUGAAUAGUUUGAUACUCCUUUCCUUGUAAAGCUUUCCAAAAACGUUUGAUUUCAGUUGGCGACACCUUUUUGCAGACACUGCUGCUAUGUUUGUUUCCCCAGAUCAAUUUUCCAUUCAGUUGUAUUUUAUAGGAUUUCACUUUGUUGCUCUUGAUGAAAAAUCAAGUGGGCUUUGAGAUCUCUCCUUUAAUGAAUGGCAGUAAGUGGAUGCAGUAUUCAUAGUCUUAAAUACGCAUUCCCUUUGCAGAGGUCAAUCCAUCAAUAAUACAUGCUGGAAAUGUAGACAUAAUGUUAUGCUGUACACUCAUCUCAGGAGCAUUGCAAGGGACAAGGUCAAAAGAUAAGGAGUGUAUUUUAUGACAGUGUAACCACUCACGCUUGAAUGGGUUAAUGAGUUUAUAACAGUUACUUUGUCACUGAGGCCAAAUCCUGAGUAGUCAAUGGGACUGAGUUGCAGAUGCUCAGCACCACUUAGGAUUGGGCCCUGCUCCCAUUCAAGUUAAUAGCAAAAAUUCAACAAAGAAGGAUCAGGCCGUACAUCUGGAUGGAGCACAUGUAUACACACGCCUACAAUCUGACUAACUGAACAUCAUGCAUCUUCCUCAGUCUAUCCCUUGUUCUUCAUCUCAAGCCCCUGAAGUGGUAUAAGGCCGACUCCUGCUCUCGCUUUCUCAGGUGGGUGGGAUUAUUGUGCAAGUAAGACAAGCAGAGUUUGGCCCAUGGAUUCUAUUUCUACAGAUAGGAUUUUGUUCUAACACCAGUGACUUCCAUGAGAAUUUUCCCACUGACCCUCAAUGGGAUUGGGAUUUGGCCAUUCAUUUACAAAGAGUAUAAAAGUCUUCGAAAACAUUCCAGUGUGCGACAAUGUUUUUCAUAGUACAGUACAGAAGAGAUGGGUAAUGUACCUGCGGACCUAUGAAUGCAAGUAUGUAACGCUGCACAACAGAAUACUAUUCCAAUAGCUGGUCAUCCUGAGCCGAUAGGCUCCGCACUAAACAGAAAUAAAAAACAAAUUGGAUGAAAAAUGUGUAGCCUUUUCCUUUAGUCUGAAGUUCAUGAAAUAACAGAGCCUGAUCCUGCACUACAUACUCAGGCAAACAUCCCAGGGAAGGUAAUGGGAUUUU